UGCAGAUGGAAAGCGUAAACCGGAGACAACCCGAAAAAUAAGAAGGAAAAUAAUCUUUUCAAACAAAAUGGCUGAAUAGCUUCGCUUUAUCAUGUUUUACAAUCCGAACACGACCGUGUAGAAAAGCCAUCCACCAACGGCAGAACCAGCAGUAACCAUGAUUUGGACUAUUUUGAUAUCCUACUGCCUGACUUUUGUCUUUGGAAAUAAGACCGAGGACAGGAUUCCUUUCUUUCACGGACAUGUAUUUGAAAACUCGCCGCCUGGAACUAAAGUCAAUGGUCUAAGCAUUCCAGUGAAGCGUGUUGAGGCGCAGAAAUGGUGUUCCAAGUCCGGUAUGCACCUGAAACUCAUAGGAGACGGCAAUGAAGACUUCCACGUAUUCGCCCACCACAAACGCGGACACAUCUUGCUGAAAACAUCCGGCAUACUCGACCGAGAGGAGCGCGCUGAAUAUCUCCUGAGUCUGGGUUUGUGCUGUCAGAACUGCGCAUCAACCGACCGCGUGGUUGCAGAAGUUGCAUCCAUCAAAGUGGACGUUCUUGACACUAAUGACCACGAGCCCACCUUUCGCCACGCGGAUGUCAAGAUAACUUUAGAUGAUGCGACAGCUUUAAGGUCUGUGGUGUACAAAGUAAAGGCCGAGGACACUGAUAGCGGCAAAAAUGCUGAACUUAUUUAUUUUGCCCUUCCGAAAAACGGCAGUUUCUAUGUUGUGCCGAAAACUGGGGACGUGCUGCUGGUGGACUCAAUAUUAGGUCUUGCUUCCCCGAUACGGUUUAAUGUAUUUGCCCGGGACCACGGAUGGCCCUCUCGGACAAGCCAAAAUAUGGAAAUAGAGAUCAGCCCCAGACAAUUCCCGGCCACUCAACCGCCGUCCCAGCUGCCCCAAGUCGGCGACGGGAACAGCGGCUACUCCCGCAGGUCCAGAUCCUUGCAGGAGUCUGACAAACCUGUGGUCAUCAGUGUAUCGGAAGAUGCCAGCGUUGGGUCUGUGGUGAUGAACUUGAAUCGUUUAAACCGGUAUCCAUCGGCAAGCUUUGAGUUGGUUUACCCUGGCGCAGAGAACACACCUGUGUCGGUGAGCCGUGACAGCGGGGAUAUUGUGAUUUCCAGGCGCCUUGACAGGGAGACGGAGCCGCUGGUGGAAAUUAAAAUCAGAGUGCAGAAUAAAAGGGGUCCAGAGUCGUACCUGGUCCGUAUAGAGUUGACGGUGAUGGACGUGAACGACAACGCUCCCGAGUGGACCAUGGUGCCCUACCCGUACCUGGCCGUGGUGUCCCCCGACGCCCCCACCGGCACCCUGGUCUACAAGCUGCACGCCCGGGACGGGGACGAGGGCAGCAACGGGGAAGUGGACUACAUCCUCUCUGACGGUGGUGACGGGCGCUUCGACGUGGACCGCAAGAGCGGACACGUCCGCACCACAGGUCUGCCACUGCAGCGUGAGCGGGAGUACCUGCUGACGGUGGUGGCGUCCGACAGGCAGGCGAGUCGCAGCAUCCCCGCCGUGCUCUCCAUCAUGGCUGGCGCGCGGCCGCCGCAGUUCACCAACACCUCCUACACCAUCGCCAUACCCGAGAACACACCCGAAGGACAGGCCUUCAUGGUCACGCCGGCGCUCUCCUUCCAGAAGCAGCCAAUCAGCUACAGCCUGGUGAUCAACCCCAGCAGCCUGUUUGCCGUCCACGCCGAGACGGGCGAGAUCAGCCUGACGCGCACCGUGGACUACGAAGCCGACCAGCACCGAUACCUGCUGCUCGUACGGGCCACCGAGAUCCAGAACAGCCUGAGCAGCGCCGCCGAGGUGCGGGUCAUCAUCACGGAUGAGAAUGACUGUGUUCCAGAGUUCCAGCAGUCCAUUUAUAGCACGGAUGGCAUCCCGGAGACCGUAACCACGGCAACCUCUCUGCUGCAAGUGUCGGCCAGUGACUGUGACUCGGAGCAGAAUGCUGAGCUCACCUACUACACGCUGAGCCCGGACUUCAGCGUGUCGGCCCACGGCACCAUCUUCCCGGCGGGCCCGCUGGACUACGAGCGGCCCAACCACCUCUACGAGUUCGUGGUGAUGGCGGUGGACCGCGGCGAGGUGCCGCGCACGGGCACGGCUACGGUGCGCCUGCGCAUGGCCAACGUCAACGACGAGCCCCCAGAGUUCUCCCAGCAAAUCUAUAAGACCUUCGUCUCGGAGGAUGCGGGACCCAAUACGCUGGUUGCCACGGUGCUGGCUAAAGACCCAGAUGGAGACGGCAUCACUUACAAGAUCACCGCGGGCAACGAGGAGGGCAACUUUGUGAUCGACAAUCAGAAAGGUCUGAUCCGUCUGCGCUCCAGCCCGGCCCCCAAGCUGCAGGGCCUGGAGUACGUGCUGAACGUCACGGCAACCGAUGACAACGCCUCUGGAGGUCCCCAGCCGCUCUGGGCCACCGCACAGGUCGUGGUCGGAGUCGAUGAUGUCAACAACAACAAGCCGGUCUUCGAGCAGUGUCAGCAGUACAGGGAGCGCAGCGCUGUGCAGGAGAACCAGCCGGCGGGGACGUUCGUGGUGCAGGUGGCGGCGGUGGACGCGGACGCGGGGGCCAACGGCAAAGUGACGUACGGCUUCAUGCACCGGGACAGCACCAUUCCCGCCUUCAACAUCAACCCCAACACAGGUGUGAUCGUCACGGCCAGGAAAUUCGACCGCGAGCGGCAGCGGGAAUACGCCGUGACGGUGACGGCCACGGACCAGGCGGCCGACCCGCUGAUCGGCAUCUGCCAGCUCAACAUCCUCAUCCUCGACGAGAACGACAACAGCCCCAAGUUCCAGAACCUCCGCUACGAAUACUUCUUGCGCGAGGACACCAUGAUUGGCACGAGUUUCCUGCGCGUGGCGGCCCAUGACGACGACUACGGCUCCUACGCGGCCGUGUCCUACUCCAUGUCCAAGGAGCAACCCGAGUACCUGCAGGUCAACCCCGUCACCGGCUGGGUGUACGUCAAACAGCCCAUCUCUCAGAGGCCUUACAUCACGAGGCAGAUCUUCGCCACGGACGGCGGCAACCGGAGCAGCUCUGUGGAGCUGGCGGUCACGAUUACCAAUGUGAAGAACCAGCCGCCCCAGUGGGAGAAGGACAGCUACGAGGUCGUCAUCCCCGAGAACACCGUCAGGGAUACGACUGUGGUGACGGUCAAGGCCACGUCCCUGCUGGGAGACCCCAGAGUGACCUACAACCUGGAGGACGGGAUGGUGCCCGAGACCAACAUGCCGGUGCGCUUCUACCUGACGCCCAACCGCGAGGACGGCACGGCGUCCAUCUUGGUCGCGGAGCCUCUGGACUACGAGACCACGCGCCAUUUCACCCUGCGCGUGCGUGCCCAGAACGUGGCCGCCGUGCCCCUGGCUGCCUUCACCACCGUCUACGUCAACGUCACAGAUGUCAACGACAACGUGCCCUUCUUCACGUCGUCCAUCUACGAGGCCUCGGUGAGCGAGGGGGCGGGUGUCGGGACCCUGGUGCUGCAGGUGUCAGCCAAUGACCUGGACCUCGGGCAGAAUGGGAAAAUUUCCUACUCCUUGCUUAACGACCGCAGUGGAGACUAUCAGUUUUUCCGCAUCGACCCCGAACUGGGCUCCAUCACAACAGAGGCCGUGUUUGACCGCGAGACGAAGGGCUCCUACUUACUGGAGGUGAAAUCAGUCGAUGGAUGGGAGUCAGCAAGGCCCGGAAGACACGGACAACCUAAUUCAGACACGGCGUACGUGCGCGUUUUCAUCAGUGAUGUCAACGACAACAAGCCCACCUUCGCUCAGUCCAUCUACGAGGUGGACGUGGACGAGGACGCGGACGUGGGCUCCACCGUCGUCACUGUCAGCGCUAAUGACGAGGAUGAAGGUGCCAACGCCAAACUUCGUUACCAGAUCACGUCGGGCAACGCGGGCGGGGUGUUUGACGUGGAGCCGGAGGUGGGCACCAUCUUCAUCGCCCAGCCCCUGGACUACGAGCAGAGCAAGAGGUACACCCUGCACGUGCUGGCCUCGGACGGGAAGUGGGAGGACUACGCCACCGUGGACGUGAACGUGGUGAACAAGAAUGACGAGGCCCCCGUCUUCACCAUGAACGAGUACUAUGGCAGCGUGACCGAGGAGCUGGACGGCUCUCCUGUCUUUGUUCUGCAGGUAACCGCCUCUGACCCAGAUAAGGAUGCUGACCAGGAAGCCUUGCGCUACUCGCUGCAUGGCCAGGGAGCUGAGAGCGAGUUCAUUAUUGAUGAGGUGACGGGCAAGAUCUACGCCCAGCGGACGCUGGACCGCGAGAAGCGCGCCGCCUGGCGCUUCGUGGUGCUGGCCACGGACGAGGCCGGCGAGGGGCUCACCGGGUUCACCGACGUGAUCAUCAACGUCUGGGACAUCAACGACAACGCGCCGGUCUUCGCCUGCGCGCCCGACAACUGCCAGGGCGACGUGCCCGAGAACUCGUUGCCGGGCACCGCCGUCAUGGAGAUGACGGCGACGGACCUGGACGACGCGGCCGUGGGGCAAAACGCCGUGCUGACGUACCGGAUCCUGGGCAGCGGCGGCGGCGCCGAGAUGUUCACCAUCAACCCGUCCACGGGUACCAUCACGGUGGCCCGCAGCGGGCUGGACCGGGAGGUGAUGGACGGCUACUCGCUGGUGGUGGAGGCGCGCGACGGCGGCGGUAUGAGCAGCACGGCCACGGUCAACAUCCGCGUGGGCGACGUCAACGACCACGUGCCGCGCUUCCUGGAGCGCUCGUGCCGCGCCACUGUGCCCGAGAGCAGCGAGCCCAACGACGCCGUGCUGGAGCUGGUGGCCGAAGACGCGGACGCCGGCGAGAACGCGCUGCUCACCUUCAGCGUGGUGGCCGGCGACCCCGACCAGAAGUUCUACGUGGAGAGCCAGCGCGCCGAGCACCGCGGCACGCUGCGGCUCAAGAAGCGGCUGGACUAUGAGCGCCCGUCCGAGCAGCGCUUCAACCUCACCGUCCGCGUGGAGGACCUGGAGCACUCCAGCCUGCUGCACUGCGUGGUGGAGGUGCUGGACUGCAACGACCACGCGCCCGUCUUCAUACCUCACUUCCUGCCCCUGCCGCCCAUCCGAGAGGACCUUCCCGUGGGCUCCAGCCUGGCCACCCUCGCCGCCACGGACUCGGACUCCGGCCUCAACAGGCAGAUCACGUACAGCAUCGCGCCCGAGUCGGACCCGUUGCACAUCUUCCGCGUGGACCAGACGGGACUGGUGACCGUGGCCAGCCCGCUUGACCGGGAGAGUGCCCCGCAGCACUACCUGGUCAUCUUGGCUACGGACCAUGGCACGCCGCCCAUGACGGGCACUGCCACCCUCCAGCUGUCUCUGGUCGACGUCAACGAUAACGGGCCCGAGUUCGAGGCGGCGUACGCUCCCGUGGUGAUGGAGAAUGUCCCGGGCCCUCAGGUGGUGAUGCUGAACCAGACGUCGUCGUUGCUGCACGUCGUCGACCGGGACUCGGAGGAGAACAGCGGGCCCUUCACCCUCUCCCUGCCGCCGGAGUACCGCCUCAGCCACGACUUCCACCUACAGGACAACGGCAACGCCACCGCCACCGUCACCGCCCUGCGCCAGUUCAACCGCGAGACCCAGAAGGAGUUCUACCUGCCAAUCGUCAUGACGGACAGCGGCCGCCCGCCAAUGACGGUCACCAACACGCUCACCAUCACCAUCGGCGACGAGAACGACCACGCCCACAAGUCCGGGGAGAAGGUGAUCUACAUCAACAGCCAUCGAGGGCGUAUGCCAACCACCAUCUUAGGCAAAGUCUACUCCCCAGAUCCAGACGACUGGGACAACAAGACGUACGCCUUUGAGGGGCACAUUCCAAACUACUUCCUGUUGAACAAGCGGACCGGUUUCCUGAUCAUCAAGGAGAACACGCCCCCUGGCACAUACGGCUUCCUGGUUCGUGUGUCGGACGGCGUGUGGCCCGACGCCAUCUCCACGGUGACCGUCCACGUGCGGGAGUUACGCGACGACGCCGUGCACAACGCCGGCUCACUGCGCCUGGCAGACAUCAGUGCCAGGGACUUCCUGGAGCAGCAGGUGAGGGGGAAGAGCCGCUUCCAGCUGCUGGCCGACUUCCUGUCCGAGCUGCUGAAGGUCGCCCCCGACGACGUCAACGUCUUCAGCCUGCUGGAGGCGCGAGAGCACACCCUGGACGUCCGCUUCGCCGUGCAGAGCGCCCCCUCCCUGCGGCCCGAGAAACUGCACGGCUACCUGGCCGCCCACAAACAGAAGCUGCAGUCGUUCCUGCAGGUGAACGUGACGCAGGUGUUCGUGGACGUGUGCGCGGAGGCGGCGUGCGGGGUGGGCAGCGGCUGCUCCAGCCAGCUCACCGUCGGCGACAAGCCCAGCGUGCUGGACUGCGGCGGGGUGGCCCUGGUAACCGUUGCCGUGGAGGCCAAGGCCGUCUGCAGCUGCGCGGCCAGGGAGCACCUGCACCAGAGCUGCUCCUCCUACCACCGGAACCCCUGCCUCAACGGCGGACAGUGUCUGGACACGCAAGGGGGGUACAGGUGCCCGGCGGGUCACAUGGUCAAGGUCAACACUACGGGCAAGUUCUGCAUCUACACGCUGUGUGCCAGCCGGCCGUGCCACAGGGGCACCUGCGUGGCGCAGUCCCCGUCCAAGUUCACCUGCGUGUGCCCCGAGGGCUACAGGGGGCGCCACUGCGAGGUGGCGCUGGCCAUCUACCGAGACGACGUGGGCCUCAGCUUCAGCUCCCUCUUCGCCAUCUGCAUAUGCUUCAUGGCACUGCUGGUGCUCCUCCUGGGAAUCUUCCUCUACACCAGAUGGAGGAGCUACAAGGGGCUGAAGGAGGGCGUGUACCAUGUGUCCGCGCACCACGACGGCUGGGAGGACAUCCGCGAGAACGUCUUGAAUUACGACGAGGAGGGGGGAGGAGAGGAGGACCAGAAUGCGUAUGACAUGGCGGAGCUCCAGAAGUCCCUGCAGCCCAGCCCGGCCCAGUCGGUCCAGUACAGCCGCUCGCGGACGCUCCAGUCCCACCCGCCAGACUCCUGCGCCCGCUCCAGCAGCAGCAGUAGCAGCGUGGCCGCCUCCUCCUCCACGGGCGGGCCCCCCACCACCUCCACCUCCACCUCCACCACCACCAUGCUGCGCCGGGACGUGCCCCCGCCCCAGCGCACCCCUGCCCAGGGCCAGAGCGGCACCCGGGCCGCCCAGCUGGCCCGCAAGAGCCUGUCCUUCUCCAGCCAGGACCUGGCGCGCUACCUGUGCGAGAUCAUCCGCGACGCCGACCAGCACCCCGACACGGCGCCCUUCGACUCCCUGCAGGUGUUCUCCACGGAGGGGGGAGGCUCCCCCGCGGGGUCCCUGAGCUCCUUCAGCUCCAUGGGGCUGGAGGAGGACCACAGCAGCACGGGUACGGGGGCAGGAGCGGGCGCGGGCGCGGGUUCGGUAGCGAGUACGAGUACGGCCCCUGACAGCCUUAAGGAGUGGGGGCCUCGGUUUGAGAAACUGAAGGCACUCUACGAGAGAGCUGAGGCCAGCAACCUCUAAGCUAGCGAGCUGAGUUAGCUAGCUAGCUAGCUAGCUGUGUGUCUGUGCUGGUCUGGCGGCCUUUUUGAGACUUUUGACAUUCUCAAAAGGAAGAAAAAGAAGAAUCCCUUCAAGUCAAGGCAGCAUAAACUCAUAAGAAAUCCCUGGUGGCUAUUAUUUAAUACAAAAAAAAAAACGAAGAGAGAAAAGCCCAGUGAUGGCAGCUCACAGCAAACACUUUUGGGAAUUUGGCGGGAAAAGGAGAGUGAGUAAAGGUGAAGACAAAGAACAAACAAACAAACAAACCACCACAACAACAACAACAACAGCAAAAGAACAACAAACAACAGAUACAGAGACACUGAGUCAUACAUUUCUUUUACCAUUCUCUCUCUUUUUUGUCCAAAAUUCCCAUGUCUGACUCGCGGGGCUGGUUGUGAGACAGUGCUGCUGCCUAUUGUGGUCUCUGCGGAACAUCACCAUGGAAUGGUGUGGAAAGCGGUUUUACACCAUGUUGUUUAACGGAUAUAGAUGUGCAUCAAAACUUUAAAAGGGUUUGGAAACAACAGGACCUACUCCGGUAGUGAUUUGCGGAUGACAAUGAUGUAUGGUGGUGGA